AUGUCUGAAUUAUGUGCGACGGGGGAUAUUGAUCAAUCAGUCCCCGAGUCACAGCGUCGUGCGAUCUCAGAACACGAGAAAGGAUGGAGAAGGAUUGUCCGCAACUUUACCCCUGCUUGGUUCUCAGUUAAUAUGGGCACAGGAAUUGUCUCAAUUCUUCUCUUCAAUAUGCCAUACAAUGGAGCAUGGCUUUAUUGGCUCUCAGUCAUUGUGUUUGCAUGGAACGUGUUUCUUUUCUGCCUCUUCCUGUUCAUAUCGAUUUUACGCUAUUCGCUGUAUCCCGAUAUUUGGCUCGCUAUGAUACGCCAUCCCGCAGCGUCCAUGUUUCUUGGAACAUUCCCUAUGGGCCUCGCGACAAUCGUGGAAAUGGUAGCCCUCGUUUGUGUUCCAGCAUGGGGGCCACGUGCUGCAACACUGGCAUGGGCACUUUGGUGGAUUGACUCUGCGAUCUCUGUCGUUAUAUGCUACUGCCUCCCUUUUAUUAUGCUCCAAACAUUGAAUAAGCUUAUACUAAUCCCACUACGCAGCAUGUACGUUCAUGAUACGAAACUAUCCACGGUAACUGCAGUUUGGCUGCUCCCUAUUGCCGCAUCUAUUGUCGCGUCCGCGACUGGCGGAGUCGUUGCCGAAGUCCUUCCUGACCCUCGGCAUGCUUUAUGGACAGUCAUUGUUUCUUAUAUCUUAUGGGGCACUGCCAUUCCUCUUUCUAUGUCGUGCCUGGUUAUCUAUUUACAAAGAUUGAUGCUGCACAAUUUGCCGCCACGUGAAGCAAUUAUGUCAGUUUUCCUCCCUAUCGCACCUUUGGGCCAGGGUGCAUUCGCUAUAAUGCAGCUUGGCAAAGUUGCUCUGGACAUAUUCCCAAAGACAGACACACUCGAUUCACAGUCAACAAACUCUGGCGCAGUACUGUAUGUCAUGGGAUGGCUUGUGGGAAUCAUAAUGUGGUCGUUUGGUGUAGCUUGGAUCUUUUUUGCUUUGGCCAGCAUCAGCCGCAGUCGCUUUCCAUUCAACAUGAGCUGGUGGGGCUUUACAUUUCCCCUAGGAGUCUUCACUGGCGCUACAACAGCAUUAGGAAAAGAAAUUCCGUCGCGGUUCUUUAGUGUUCUGAGCACGAUCUUAUCCGUAAUCGUGAUUCUCUUGUGGCUGAUGGUAUCGAUACAAACCACCAGAAAAGCAAUAAGCAGAGAGAUUUUUGUUGCUCCGUAUGUGAAGGCUGUGCUGCCACACAAAUCUUCUGCUGAGACGAAAAAUGGGUCAGAUGCUGCUUAG